AUGGUAGCAGAAAAGGAACGCGUGGAGCUGGAGAAGCAGCUUAAGAAUGAUGAUCGAGAUGUCGCCGAUCUGUGGAAAGAAGCUCUCAAGAGCUAUGAGAGCAUUGUCGGGUUCGGUCUGCAGCGCAAAUUCGACAAUGUCCAGUCUAUGCUUGACUAUGGAACCGACCAGAUGAACAACUUUCACAAGUUCAGGCAUGACAAGGGAAAGGUCGAUCGAUUGAGGACGUUGUUCUCUUCCAACUUGGAUCUCGUCGAGCAAGGCGCCAACCAAAUUAUCGCCGCCGCUGCACCGGCUUUUCCGCCAGCUGCUGCCAUUGGAACCGCUUUAACCUACAUGCUUCAAGCUUGCCGGUCUGUCUCCGCCGACUACGAUAUCGUUAUUGUCUUUUUUGAGGACAUGAACAGCUUCUUAGGUCGGAUUACCAUCUUGGAAAAGAGAUUGCCGCAAGUCAAGGCUUAUCAGAAUUGCUUGAUGGAGGUGUUCACCUCGCUUCUCACCAUGUGCGGUUUUGCGCACAAGUAUAUCGAGUUGGGUCGCUUCAAGAAAUGGAUCUCGAAUUUGUUCAAAGGUGAUGAUGGAGAGCUUGGUGGCGCGAGAGCGAAUAUGAACAAGAACUUGGAUCAUUUGCAGCAAGCAAUCGAGUUCGCCAUCCUGGGCAACACAGAAGAGGCUCUUGCCAUGGCAUCGCAGCUUGACGAGAAUCAGAAGUCUCAUGCCGAGAUGCUCGAGCGAGUCGGCCAUACCAUCGACACUAUUCAUGAGAACACAGAAAACAUUCGCGGCGAUAUAGCCAAAAUCCUCAAGCUCUUUGGUGGACAAAAGAAGGAAAAGACCAAACCUCAGGCGAACAAACCGACUUCUUCCAACAGUAUCCGUAACGCCAUGCCCAUAGUCUUUAAUGACGACCACGAGUAUCACGCCCUGAAAGAAACACUUCUUCCAGACUCAUGCAACUGGAUCUUUUCUGAGCCUGAGUGGGAAGAAUGGCUAAAGCUGCCAGAGGGUUUAAGGCCCAUCCUCGCAGUGGCAUCAGAGCCUGGCACUGGUAAAAGUCACAUGGCGGCCGCAAUACAUGACAAGCUUGCCCAGAGAGCCAGUGAAGAUGAGACAGGCCAUACUUGCGUGGCGCACUUCUACUUCCGUGAGCAAGAAGACGCGUUUGCAUUCUUUCUCUGUGGUGUCAUCACAGUCAUCAAUCGCAUAGCGGAAACAAACUAUGCAGCAUGUGAGAAGCUGAACGCCCAGAUAGCUCGAGAUGAUAUCGACAUGGAUACAAAGAUCUGGCAGAAUCUCGUUGAACACCUUCUCAAUGCUGUUUUUGCCCCGGACUCCAAGUUUAACCUUUUUGUUGUCCUGGAUGGCCUUGAUGAGCUUCGUGAUUGGGCGAACUUCAAGUUAUUCCUCACCGACUACUUCAACGAGAAGGGGUUGAAGAUCUCUUUGGUUGUUACUUCGAGGCCUGAGAAGCUGGAGGAUCUUCCAGAGGGUACAAAGGUGACCCAGAUUGAAGCGACAAAGAAGAAGCAGAUGCAGGAUCUCAGGGCUUUGAUCUGGAGCGAGAUCAACGCUCUCAAUAACCUGAGACGAUUUAGUCGUUAUGUGCAGCAACGAAUCGCUGACAACAUCGAGGAGGCUUCACCUAAUAUGCUCUACGCUCAGCACCUGCUCGGUCGCCUUGACGAUCUGGGUCGCGAGGGAGCUGUUCUCCGCGCUCUAAGUCAAGAGAAGCCCAAGAAUCUUCACGGAAUCUAUGAGAUCCUACUUGCAGAAUGUCAGCGCCGCAUGCCACCCAAACACCAAGAGGUCGCUGCGGCGUUACUCCACUGGGUCGCCUUCUCCAAGCGGCUUUUGACUUUGGCUGAGGUCCAGUCCCUUGUCAAGUAUCUCGCGCAGGACAAUGAAUUUGACAUUGAAGAGAUACGUGAACUAUUCAACAAGUUUCUGCGGAUCGGCGGUCCAGGCUAUGAUACAGAGGUUCUGGCGAGACUCCAGGCCAGUCAAGCCACAGCAGUUCAAGACCUGAAGCAGGAUGAUGAUGAUAAACAUGACAGUAUCUACGACGAUGGGCCACUGCCCGUCACUUUCAAGGAGCGCUCUAUGAGGCAUUAUUUCACGAAUAGUACUCACGGUGCAUCAGACUUCAGAUGGGGUCCCUCAGAAGCAAACCGGAAAAUGCUCGUCACUAGCGCGGAGCUACUAAAACAGCCUCGUGAAGCUGUGUGCGAAGGGCUUCUCAAGUACGCAGCGCUAUGGUUCAUCUCACACUUUACAUCUCUCACCAUGGACCAGCACACGCCUGAGGAGCAGGUUGAGGUACUGGAAGCAUUUGCGGAGACGAUGGCUGACAAGACAGGGUUGGCCGAGAUGAUGGCCAAGAGCGGUAUUUUAUAUGGGAAGCGCGGUGGUGGUUCUGUCACCAAUACCAAGGUUGGUGAGUGGGCUGGACUUCUUGAGAAGCCGGAAGUUAAGGAUCGAAUGAGUGCUUUUGCUGUUGAGUGGUGGCAGCGCGUUGCGCCUGAUCCUGCGCUUUGUCGCGUGGAUAUCGCAAAGGGUUAUCUGCGUCGGAUCUACGUGGCGCAGAACUCGAAAGACGCUUUUGAUUCGUGGCAACAUCUUCACGGUGUCUUGCAGGUGUCCGAAUUGACAAAGCUCCUGAUGGACCAAGCAGUCACCAAUUUCCCUACCCGUUUCGAGGGCAAAGAUGCUUUCGAUAAAAACAGCGAGGAGUUUAAUGAGACUGCAGCAAGCCUUGGAAUCUUGAACCUUUUCGGCGACGAGAUCAAGCCCGACGCUGCAGCACACCGGGCGGUUGCAGAAGUUCUCGAUGAGUAUGAACUUCUAGAUCCAGCUGAGAAGAUAUGUCGCGCGGCUCUUGAUCUCUGCAAUCCUGGGGAAGAGGAAUUCUACAGAGCUUCCUGCGUCUUGUCCAGCAUUCUUAUUGAACAGAGGAAGAAACAAGAGGCCUAUAACGUGGCACAGACGGCAGUCAACAAUUUGUCGACGGGCGAUGUUCCUCCCGCGUUGAGGCGCAAGGUCUACACGACGCUUGCCACGGCACAACGCAAACUUCGUCAAUACGACGCUGCUCUAGAAUCCUUUUCCACGGCAAAGCAGAGUGACCCCGAUGGCAUAACCCCAGGUCAAGACCUCGUUGACGAGCUCAACGUUGUGGAGAAGAAGGACAAGGCUCAGUAUAUCCAGAUGCUAAAGGAGUGGAGUCUUGUGGAGAGAAUCACCUGGAUCGCGUCAGAUUAUGCAGAAGACGGUGAAGAAAGACAUGCUAUCUUUUGCGACAUUGCUUCAGAAACAGCCGAGCAGGACUUUAUUGUCAAGUUCUACCAAGAGGCCAUCGACUUUCUGGACAAUCUCGAUGCCGCUCUUCCUCUACGACUGGACCUCGCCUUGAUAUACUUCGAAGUAUGUCGAGAGCCCGAGAAGGCACUCAAGCUACUGGACCAAGUAUUCGACACGCGUGCAACAGGUCUCAGGUUCCCGAUCCUCGGUGGAACUGCACUCUUGAUGAUGCUCCGAGCUGUUGAUUGCAUGACAAACGUUCAACUCGAGCUAUUCCGCAAGUCUCGUGAUCCAGUCUACAAAGCAGAACGCUUAACAGCACUCGCUGGUCUAAUGCAACGACCUUUUGCAUCUGACGUUCCAAGAACAUCUGCAUCCUGGACUAGUUUCCAUCGCGUGGGGCUGGCGUAUAUGUAUCUUGUCAUGGGCCCACUUGAAAAGUUCCAGCAAACAAUUCAGUCUUUGCUUCACGACUGCUUCGUGGGUCUCAAUGAUUCAGUUGGAUGGAACGAUGCGCCUUAUCUGUGGAUGCUGGCGCAGUCGUUGUCACUUAUGAGUAAAGCGCUGAGGAAUGACGCGGAGCUCAAUAAAUAUGCUCGCAUUGUUGGUUCAGCUGUAUUUUCGAGACUCGGCAAUACUGACAAGUCGGAGGAUAAGGAAGAAGGCAAAGACGAGGAGAAGACCCCGGCAGCUGAAGACGACGACGAUGAUGAUGCUGAGGAACCUCACGUCGAUGUUGACACAAGCGAUGAUGAGGAAGACACCAGCGAUCCACCUACAGACGAGGGAGACCUAGUAGACCCAGAAGACGGGUACUACACCUGCGGUGGCUUCUGCAACCCAUCGCGGAAGUUCAAAUGGUGGGCCGGUCGGUCAGCAUACAUCUACGUGACGUUCGCGUCAGGCUUGAUUUGCGAGGAAUGCCAGGCUGAAUAUGACGCUAUUGAACGUGGCGAGAAGAAGUUUAAGGGUCGGUAUUUCCAUGGUCUCGGGCAGGAUAAGCUGAAGCUUCCCGUCGAGGGCUGGCGGGGAGUGAAGAAGGGUGUUAUGAGGAUCGAGGGGCAGGAGGAUGUUGCGGUGGGGGAUUUCUUUAAGAAAUUAGAGACUGAGGUUGUGAAGAGUGCUUGGGAUAGGAUUUGGGCUGGUGGGGCAUUUUAA